AUGUACCGAGAAGAACUGUAUGAGACCUCCCCAUAUGAACCAAUGCAUCUCACUGAUGAGUUUAGACUUGCCUCCAUUAUAUCUGCUAUGGACUCCGCUACUGCUAAAGGGAAUCUGUGUUCUGACACGGGCAAGCACUGCAAUCCAUGCCUGGACGCGGCAAAAGCUUGCAACCUCAACGACACCUGCAAGAAACAGCGUACUGCACUCAUGGCCACCUGCAGCCCCGCAACUCCCAUUCAGCAAGCACAGGAGCCCUGCAACCGAAAGCGCUGUCACAGGGGUCUGCGGCAGUUCUUCGACCGCGUGCAAACAGAAUUUAGCUACCCGCUGCUCUUCUGCUCCUGUCGGGAUAAAGCGUGUGCCGAACGUCGCCGGCAAACCAUCAUGCCUGCGUGUUCUUUUGAGGAGAAGACAAAACCAAACUGUCUAGAGCUAAGGAGGACCUGCCGUUCAGAUCCGCUCUGCAGGUAA